UGUUUCACGAGUUUCUUCUUCUUCUUCUUCUUCUUCUUCUUCUUCUUCACAGAACCUUUCAGAUCUUAUUCUUUCCCCAUGGAAUCCGAGAAGAUUCAAAUAUAAAUCUACCUUCCUACUUAUAUAUCUCGCUUAAUCGGAGACUCAGAUUGAGCUGCAAUUUUUCGGAUCCUGUUUUUCUAUAUUCCGGUACUAGAAGAAUGGAUACUUUCACGGCGGAGGAUCUAUCGACGAUCGGUGGAAUAGCGACAGUGUCGCUCCUUCACUCCUUUAUUCCUACGCAUUGGCUACCUUUCUCUAUCGUUGGACGUGCUCAGAAAUGGACGCUUUCUAGAACACUCUUCGUCACUGCAUUUGGAGCAGUCCUGCAUGUCAUUUCGACUUCCCUUCUUGGUAUAACAGCGAUCACAAUGGCGAAUACAAUUGCCGGUGAAGAGACUGUUCACAAACUUGCUUCCCUUUUGCUUGUAUUUCUUGGUGGAAGCUAUGUCUUGCUGUUUUUAGCUGGUAAAGGUGGUCACACUCACUCUCAUAACCAACCCAUGGAGAAAAUGGCUGUUGCUGGGCUUGUCCUUGUUCCUGCAUUAUCUCCUUGUGCAACAACUCUCCCAGUUUUCCUCGCUGUUGGAAAUUCCAAGUCAAUGAUGGUUCUCGCCAUCAUAGUUCUGCUCUUCAGCACCAUAUUGGUGAUGACAUCGCUAGUGGCUCUAUCAUUCUAUGGUGCAAGUCAGCUCAAGUUUCACUGGGUGGAGCGGUACGACAAACUUCUGGUUGGUUCGGUCCUGUGUCUGGUAGGUAUCUUAACCCUUCUCUUCCAUGAUCAUGACCAUGGUGGUCAUGAAACACAUCAACUCCACAGGAAAAUAAUUACUCUCUAGAGACUGUUCAAGUUUCUCUGUUUUGCCUGCCAUGUCUGUUUGUUGUAGAGCGGCUUUAAGGGUCUAAGUUCUGUUAUGCGUUGUAUGUCUAUAACUAGUUGUAACGCUCUCCGUUUCAUGUGAAAAAACAUAUGACAGCAUUAAAUAUCUUUAAGAGGACACUCUUUGCAGGUCUAUUGUAGUUAUUACAUGAUUUUGUAGUUGUUCCGUUGA